AUGGCCUCCGCAGACAACUCCAAUCGACGUAAAGCAGCUAUUCCAAGCCCCGCGGGCGAGUUUCGUGAACCAAAGCGGCAUGGCCUGAUCGCACAGCUGGUAUGUGCUGCAAAGCUUACCAAGCUUGAUUCAAUCACCUGGGCUUGUUUGUGGUUUGCGGAUCUCUCGAAAUUAGAAAGUCUCGUGUCAUCCUGUGGAUGGAACUCACCGUACGGUUUUAUGGUGCACCGCAAUCUCUCGAAGAGUGAGGAUAAAACACAAGUAAUUGAUGCCUGGGCGGUUUCAAGGCCCAAAGAAGAAUUGGAAAAGGCCUAUGAAGACGAAGAAUCAGAUACCGAGGGGCCUCCGAUCAAGAAGCGUCGGUUGACUUUGAACACAGAAGAGAGUCCCAGUUCUGCAGAAGAAGCAGCCACUCAUUUAGCCAAUAGACUAUGCACUGAGCGAGUUAAUGCCACUUGCGUGGUCACCGGUUGCCGUGAUCCGGUCGAAAUCGCACAUAUACUCCCCAACGGUCUUGGAAGAAUGGAAACUCAAGUACUCCAGAAAUUUUGGUUUCCUCUGCACCGUUUCUGGAGCCAAGAAAGGAUCAUGGCAUGGAUGAAACAGGCUGCAGGCCCAGAAGCCACAGAGGCCUGCUCGAACCUCUUGUGCAUGACGGAUAUGGCCCAUAAAUUAUGGAAAAAAGCACGCUUUGCCUUGAAACCGCUGUCUUUGAGUGAGGAUCGGAGGUCACUUGAGGUGCAAUUCUACUGGCUCCCGGUUCAUAACUACCGUUCGAGGAUUCCAGCAACCGAAGUCCCCAGUCGUAUGUCUCGCAAGCUCUCCGGAACAAUUGUUGAUGGAAAAGAAACCAUGCUUUUUAAUAUUGCCACAAAUAAGAAACUAUGCUCUGGGGAUAUUCUUACCUUCACAACAAACGACCCUAACAGUCACCCCCUUCCAUCCAUGGAGUUGCUAGACAUGCAGUGGGUCCUAAAUCGAGUUCUUGCCCUCAGUGGUGCCACUUACGCCACAGACGAAGAGCUUUACCCCGAUUUCUCGUCGAAUGAGGGCUCAUUUUGGGAUAGCGAGGAAGGUUUCUGA